CUCGUCCCGGCCAGCUGUGCCCGGCGUCGCCCUGCCCCCGGCCCUCCCGCCAGCCUUCGGCGGGCCCCGCCGCGAUGGAGCUGUCCCAGCCGGAGCCCGCGCCGGGCCCGACUCUCAGUCCGGCCGGCGUGCGCGGUGGCGCCGAGCGUCCCAGCCACCUCCUGGGCCUCCAGCUGGGAGCUCAUGGCCUCGUGGGGUCCCCGGAGCGCGCGGCCGCUUCCUCGCCGGUCACCACCCUGACCCGGACCAUGCACGACCUUGCCGGGCUCGGCAGUGAGACUCCUAAGCAUCAGGUAGGCAGCCCGCUCACAUGCCUAUCCCUGUCCCGGCGGCGCGCAUCUGAAUCCUCCCUGUCGUCUGAAUCUUCUGAUGCAGGUCUGUGUAUGGAUUCUCCCAGCCCCAUGGACCCCCAGAUGGCAGAGCAGACGUUUGAGCAGGCCAUCCAAGCAGCCAGCCGGGUCAUCCGAAACGAGCAGUUUACCAUUCGACGUUUCCAGUCCUUGCCGGAUGGAAUGCCAUGGAAACCCCCGCAUCCCAGCCAUGCCCAUGCUUUGGCAGAGUGGGCCAACCGCAGAGAAGCCUUUGCCCAGAGACCAAACUCAGCUCCCGACCUGAUGUGUCUCACCCCUGAGCGCAAGAUGGAGGUAGAGGAGCUGAGUCCCCCAGCCCGGUGCCGCUUCUCCCUGACUGCCACCCAGGGGGCCUCUGAAGAAGAUGAUGGAUUUGUGGACAUCCUGGAGAGUGACUUAAAGGACAACAACACGGUACCCCCAGGCAUGGAGAGCCUCAUUAGCGCCCCACUGGUCAAGACCGCAGAGAAGGAGGAAGAGCAGGACCUCAUCAUGUACAGCAAGUGCCAGAGGCUCUUCCGCUCUCCGUCCAUGCCCUGCAGCGUGAUCCGGCCCAUCCUCAAGAGGCUGGAGCGGCCCCACGACAGGGACCUACCCACACAGAACAAGCGGAGGAGGAGCGUGACCCCUCCAGAGGAGCAGCGGGAGGCCGAAGAACCUAAAGCCCGUGUCCUCCGCUCCAAGUCCUUGUGUCACGAGGAGAUUGAGACUAUCCUGGACAGUGACCACCGGGAACUGAUUGGGGAUUACUCCAAGGCCUUCCUUCUGCAGACUGUGGAUGGGAAGCACCAAGAUCUCAAGUACAUCUCCCCAGAAACGAUGGCAGCCUUGCUGGCAGGCAAGUUCAGCAACAUCGUGGAGAGGUUUGUGAUUGUGGACUGCAGGUACCCCUACGAGUAUGAAGGCGGGCACAUCAAGACUGCCGUGAAUCUGCCACUGGAACGGGAUGCUGAGACCUUCCUGCUACAGAGCCCCAUCACACCCUGUAAUCUGGACAAGAGAAUCAUCCUCAUUUUCCACUGUGAAUUCUCAUCUGAGCGCGGUCCCCGCAUGUGUCGUUUCAUCAGGGAGCGUGACAGAGCCGCCAACGACUACCCCAGCCUCUACUAUCCUGAGAUGUACAUCCUCAAGGGCGGCUAUAAGGAGUUCUUCCCGCAGCACCCGACUUUCUGUGAGCCCCAGGACUACCGGCCCAUGAACCACGAAGCCUUCAGGGACGAGCUGAAGACCUUCCGCCUCAAGACCCGCAGCUGGGCUGGGGAGCGGAGCCGGCGGGAGCUCUGUAGCCGCCUGCAGGACCAGUGAAGGGCCAGCACCGGUCCUGCCUACCUUCUUUGCCUCACUGCCUGGGUGCCAGCCACCCGGGUGCCUGCAGGGCUGAGGGUCUGCUGGAGGCCCCAGCUGCCAUCCAGGGGAAGGACAGUGAGGGUGUCCUGUGCAUCUGCCCCCAGCCCCAAUCCCCAAUCCCCAUUCCCCAUGUCUCACUGCGAUCAUACUCCAUAUCCUCGUGCCACCCCCAACCCCAGCCCAGCCCCUGGGAGAGCCCAGCCUGUUGCCUUGGUGAAACUGGAUUAAGUCCAGCUCAAAGGAAGUAUUUUGUGUCCAGCAGGAACCUUUUUGCUUUUUUUCCUUCCUUGUUUGAGUUUACCCUUUGUCUUCUUGUGUCCAGAAAAGCCCCCCCUCUUUCCUAGGCACUCUGUUUGUAUGCAGCUGGGGGAAAGUCCACAGCGCCCCCCCCCCCAACUGGGAUGGGCCAAAGCAGAACCUCUCCCUGCCCGGGGCGUUGGCACUCUUGGGUGUGUCUGCCAUGUUCCCUUUCUCUUCCUCUCUUUCCUGUCCUUCCACGUGAACACCUCUAGCACAAACAGAAGCUCUUACUCUUUCCUGUUUCAGUGUUACCUGCAUGCUUGAUUCGUUCGUCUGAUUUGUUGCCCAUCUCAGGGUAUGCACAGGCUGAGAUUUAGGCUCCUCUCUCCACUUGGGUUAGAGACUCCAAACAUUAGCCACUCGACCCUGGCUUCUGUUGCAUCAGAAAGGGAUGACCUCCCUGGGGCUCUUGGGCAAGGGCUAAGGUCUGCAUCCUCAGCCCCUGGCAGCCCAGCCCCCACUGCUGUGAACUCCGGGGUCUGACUGGUCAGAACUUGCUGCUCUCUUGUUGUGGAUGGACAGAUGGACGAAUGGAUGGAUGGUGGAUGGAUGGAGAGCCACGGAUGCCCAAUGUCCUGCAACACACAAACUGCUGAGUGGAAGCAUUUCAGUGAGCGUGACCACCUGCAGCAAGGAUAUAUGUGUCUCUGUGUGGACAAAAUCUUUACAUGUUAAGGUUUGGAAAUAUUCAAGACGAAAUGUCAUGGAAGCAGUGAAGCCAAGGACAAAGCCACAUCUGGAUUCUGAAUCUCAGGACGUAUGGAGGGCUGUGCUUGAAGGUCCUGUUGACUCAUCUGUUCAGGCCUUGGUUCAAUAAAGCACUGAGCAAGCUGA